AUGGUACGUGAGCAAUCAGAAGAAGCGCAAUGGUGGUUCCAGGCAGUCUACAGCGCGGUACAGGAAAUUCCUCACGGAAAGGUGACAAGCUAUUCUCACAUUGCACAUCUCCUGGGAUUUCCUAGGCGUGCUCGUCAAGUGGGUGUCUGUUUAAAGCAUCUUCCGACCUACGACCCUACAGAUCCAGAGAAGUUCUUCUUUCAUGGUGAAAACGUGCCUUGGCAACGGGUGGUCAAUGCCAAAGGCGGUAUCAGCCCACGUGGAGAUGAUGGGCUUGCAGCCAGUCGGCAAGCAGACAAGUUGAGAGAAGAAGGAGUCGAAGUCAAUGAGGCCAGAGGGAUUGAAUCGCAAUCAGUUGAUUUGAGCCGAUUUGGAUGGUUUCCGAAGAGGUUGCCCAGUGAGAACGAUGAGGAUGACAGCGAUGAGUCAGAGGGCGAAUGA